GCAUGACAUACAUGACAUACACCAGUCGACGUCGAGGACCAACGCAACGUUUUCGACCUUGAUAUUCUUCUAAAACUCUAGACUCUAGGAGCUACAAAAAUGACAACAAACGGUAAGCAUGCUUUCAGGCUGGCCUUGGUGCAGAUGGCUGUGUCUGCCAACAAGAAGGAGAAUGUCACCAGGGCAGUGCGGCUCAUCAAGGAAGCGGCUAGCGCUGGGGCUAAGCUCGUCGCAUUACCGGAGUGUUUCAACUGCCCGUAUGGCACCUCCUACUUCGCCGACUACUCAGAGAAGGUGCCCGGGGAAUCCACGGAGGCCCUGGCCAAGGCUGCAGCCGACAACAAGGUCUACCUGAUUGGAGGUUCCAUACCAGAGGAAGAGCAAGGGAAGUAUUACAACACGUGUUCUGUCUUUGAUCCGGAAGGGAACAACAUCGCCAAAUAUAGAAAGCUUCACCUGUUUGACAUUGAUGUUCCAGGUCGCAUCACCUUCAAAGAGUCGGACGUGCUCUCCCCGGGAAACCAACUGGCAGUUAUAGACACUCCCUACUGCAAGAUUGGCGUCGGUAUUUGCUACGACAUGAGGUUUGCAGAGCUUGCACAGAUCUACAACAAGAAAGGUUGUAAACUAUUGGUGUACCCUGGCGCGUUUAACAUGACUACAGGCCCCGCCCACUGGGAACUGCUACAAAGAGGAAGGGCUUUGGAUAAUCAGCUAUACGUUGCCACAGUAUCCCCAGCAAGGGACGCGUCAGCCUCCUACACGGCUUGGGGACACAGCACUGCCGUCAGCCCCUGGGGAGAGGUCAUAGCCACAGCCGAAGCCGAGGAGAAGAUUGUCUACGCCGACAUCGACCCGGGCUACGUGGACGAGGUCAGGUCACAGAUUCCUGUCGGGUCACAGAAGAGGUCAGAUCUCUAUGAGGUCAAAGGUUAAACUUUGCCUUAUAUAUUGUGAAGAUGAGGUAAAUGGGGAUAUGAUUUCCUUUUGUCCUGAAAAUUUGUCAGGAACGUUGGGUGUGUGUUGCCAAGAUUUGGACACAGGCUGCAUAAUAGAAUACUAAAAUGGGGAGUGAAGAGUGUUCCCUGGAAAUAAUUUGGCAGACAGGCGACAUUAGUUAUCCAACGAGCGUCAGUGGAACAAGGAAUAAUGUAGUGCGUUUAUGUACCUAUACAAUGAGGCCGAACAUAUAAAACAAAGAAGAACUACAUUUGGACAUGUUUCACGAGUGGGAUGAUAAAUCUAUCUUCAAGCAAACUUGACGCACAGCAACGAUGAAACACGAACGCUUCACACAAACUUUUCAGUGGUUAUCCUGUUACAUGUCCGUGCAGCAGAAACAGCACGCGCAACUUAGAAUAGCACAAUACGCGGAGUGCAGUAUGAACUGUUACUACUGGUAUAUGAGAUAAUAUCCCACUGUUGUUGCCAUGGAUCGACCAAUCAAGAUCAUGGAUUCAAGUUUGCUUGGAAAUAAUGUUGCCAUGGAUUGACCAAUCAAAAUCAAGGAUUCAAAUUUGCUUGAAAACAAUGUUGCCAUGGAUCGACCAAUCAAGAUCGAGGAAGUAGAAAUAUUUCAUUUAAGUUUGCAUGAAAAUAAUGUUGCCGUGGAU